AAUUAUUCCCAUUCUGAAGAUUUUCAACUCUUAAGUGCGACAUCAUUUUGACAAGCAACCUCACCUUAAAUCAUCAAUUCUGACCUGUGACAUCCUCUUCUUUGUUUGUUUGUUCAUUUGUUUGUUCAUCUCAUUCAUUGCAAGACGAUGGAUACGCCAACAGUCCCAAACACUUCCCAUGAGGCCACCGAUGCUGGCAUCGCGUCGCGACCUCGAACUCAGAGCUUGUCGCAACAGUCCGACAACUCCCAGACCGCCGCUGACUUUAUUAGAGAUCAGCUACAGCUUGAAGCCGAUGCCCGCGAAGCCCUUCCAUACAGCAUUGAAAACUGUACCAAGCCACUUGGAUCCUUGCGACAAAAUGUUUUUGCAUGUUUAACCUGUAAUCCACCUCCCGCAAAUCCUUCCGAUUCUUACAAUCCCGCUGGCGUAUGUUAUUCAUGUUCAGUUCAAUGUCAUGGAGAACACGAAUUAGUCGAGAUUUUCCAGAAACGCGACUUCACCUGCGACUGUGGAACGACUCGAUUCAGUCCCGAACAGAAAUGCAGUCUUCGAAUAAACUCGGAAACCAACACGAAAGGUGGCGUGCACUCUGAGCGACCUGACCCCAAUAAUAAGUACAACCAAAACUUCCGCAACCGAUUCUGUUCAUGUUCUAUCGAUUACAAGCCGCAUGAACAGAAGGGUACCAUGUUCCAGUGCCUAGGUCUCGGUACACACGAAACUGGCGGCUGCGGUGAAGAUUGGUAUCAUCCUGGUUGCCUCGUCGGUCUGGGCCCUAAAUGGUACGAGAAGAAGAUAGAGCACAUCUCAAAUAAAAAUGUCAACGGCAACAGCACGUUACCCACUAUAUCCGAGGAUACGACGUUACAAGGUAGCACGAAUCAACAAGUCGACGGUAUUCAAGGGGGCGAGGAGGAACAUGCCGUUGAUGAUGAUGAUGAUGAUGCACCUCUACCAGAAGGGUUUCCUACCGAGGACGCGUUCGAUCAUUUCCUCUGCUAUAAAUGUGUCGAGGCCCAUCCGUGGAUUAAGAGAUACGCUGGCACACCUGGAUUUUUACCCGCAGUAUUUCUCCAAAAAGAGGAAGAUGCGACGGCGCCUAAGAAACGUAAGUUGGAAGACGACGGGUCAAGUGAGAGUAGUGAACGUAGUAAGCGCAUUAAGAGUGAGCCCGAGGCAACUGCUGACGCAGAGGCCGAGGUGAAGGCUGUUCCACCCAUCCCUGAAUCAAAGGACACCACCCCUCAAGUUAAGGAAGACGAGAAGAAAAAGGAAAUAAUAUCUGCCGAUGGGUGCAAACUAGCUUCGCUACCCCUGGCACCAAUAGGCAAAUUCUCAUUAUUUGCUACUUCGGACUUUCGCGACCGCUUCUGUCGAUGCGCCUCGUGUUUCUCGGAUCUCAACUGCCACCCACAGCUCCUGGAAGAGGAAGAAGCAUACGAGCCUCCUCUUUCGGAUUCUGGAUCCGAGGGCGGCUCGACCCAUGGCAGCGGCUCGUUGUAUGACCGCGGCGAAUCUGCCUUGAGAAAUGUGGAUCGUGUGCGUGCGAUAGAGGGUGUGAUGGCAUACAAUCAUCUUAAAGAACGUCUCAAGCCCUUCUUCCAACAAUUCGCCGAGAGUGGGAAAGCUAUCGGUGCAGAGGACAUCAAGGAGUACUUUGCAAAGCUCAGGGGUGAUGAGCAAGCUAUCAAAGACGCCGGCGAAGCUGCGAGAGACGACCACAGACAGGAGCAGAGCGGUUACUGAAUAACCUAACCUGCCUGGGUAGGUAAGAUAGCACGGUAUUUGUCUGGAAGAGCAACGAUGAUAUUCCAGGGGUAUUCACCGGUAUUUAUAAUUCUAUUCAAAUAGACAUUCGUUGAAGAUUAAGGGACAACUAA